AUGGGGUCUCCACCCGCCGGUGCUCGCGGUAACGACGGUUCUCCCGGUGCUGCCGGUCCUCCCGGUCCAACCGGCCCCGCUGGUCCCCCCGGCUUCCCCGGCGCUGCUGGUGCUAAGGGUGAAACCGGUCCCCAGGGUGCUCGUGGCAGUGAAGGUCCCCAAGGUGCCCGCGGUGAGCCCGGUCCCCCCGGCCCUGCUGGCUCUGCUGGUCCUGCUGGCAACCCUGGUGCUGAUGGUCAACCUGGUGCCAAGGGCGCAACCGGUGCUCCUGGCAUUGCUGGUGCUCCCGGCUUCCCCGGUGCCCGCGGUCCCUCCGGACCCCAGGGUCCCAGCGGUGCCCCCGGUCCCAAGGGUAACAGCGGUGAACCCGGUGCUCCAGGCAACAAGGGAGACACUGGUGCCAAAGGCGAACCCGGUCCCGCUGGUGUCCAAGGUCCCCCCGGCCCAGCCGGCGAGGAAGGCAAGAGAGGAGCUCGUGGUGAGCCCGGCCCCGCUGGGCUUCCUGGCCCCGCCGGCGAACGUGGUGAGCCCGGCAAACCCGGCGAGAGAGGUGCUCCUGGUCCCCCCGGCGCUGUCGGUGCUGCUGGCAAAGAUGGUGAAGCUGGUGCCCAAGGUCCCCCCGGCCCUACCGGUCCCGCUGGAGAAAGAGGUGAACAAGGUCCCGCUGGUGCUCCUGGCUUCCAGGGUCUGCCGGGCCCCGCUGGCCCCCCCGGUGAGGCUGGCAAGCCCGGUGAGCAGGGCGACCCCGGUCCCAAAGGUGCUGACGGCGCUCCUGGCAAAGACGGUCUCCGAGGUCUGACCGGCCCCAUCGGCCCCCCCGGCCCCGCUGGUGCUCCUGGUGACAAGGGUGAAGCUGGUCCCCCCGGUCCUUCUGGUCCCACUGGUGCCCGUGGUGCUCCCGGCGACCGUGGCGAGCCUGGCCCUCCCGGUCCUGCUGGAUUUGCUGGCCCCCCCGGUGCCGACGGCCAGCCUGGUGCUAAAGGUGAAACUGGUGAUGCUGGAGCCAAGGGUGAUGCUGGUCCCCCCGGCCCUGCCGGCCCCACUGGUGCUCCUGGCCCUGCCGGUGCUGUUGGUGCUCCUGGUCCCAAAGGUGCUCGCGGUAGCGCUGGACCUCCUGGCGAACCCGGCAAGCAAGGUCCCUCCGGUUCCCCCGGCGAGCGCGGUCCUCCCGGCCCCAUGGGUCCCCCCGGCCUGGCUGGACCCCCCGGUGAAGCUGGACGUGAGGGUGCUCCCGGUGCUGAAGGUGCCCCCGGUCGCGAUGGUGCUGCUGGUGCCAAGGGUGACCGUGGUGAGACUGGCCCCGCCGGCCCCCCUGGUGCUCCCGGUGCCCCCGGUGCCCCUGGCCCCGUCGGUCCUGCUGGCAAGAACGGAGAUCGCGGUGAGACCGGUCCCCAAGGUCCCGCUGGCCCCCCUGGUCCUGCUGGUGCUCGUGGUCCUGCUGGCCCACAGGGUCCCCGUGGUGACAAAGGUGAAACCGGUGAACAGGGUGACAGAGGCAUGAAGGGUCACAGAGGCUUCUCCGGUCUCCAGGGCCCACCUGGUCCUCCUGGCUCUCCUGGUGAACAAGGUCCUUCUGGUGCUUCUGGUCCUGCCGGUCCAAGAGGUCCUCCCGCCUCCGCCGGCGGCUUCGACUUCAGCUUCCUGCCCCAGCCGCCCCAGGAGAAGGCCCACGACGGCGGGCGCUACUACCGAGCCGACGACGCCAACGUGAUGCGCGACCGGGACCUGGAGGUCGACACCACCCUCAAGAGCCUGAGCCAGCAGAUCGAGAACAUCCGCAGCCCCGAGGGCACCCGCAAAAACCCUGCCCGUACCUGCCGCGACCUGAAGAUGUGCCACGGCGACUGGAAGAGCGGCGAAUACUGGAUCGACCCCAACCAAGGCUGCAACCUGGACGCCAUCAAGGUCUACUGUAACAUGGAGACGGGCGAGACGUGCGUCUACCCCACCCAGGCCACCAUUGCCCAGAAGAACUGGUACCUCAGCAAGAACCCCAAGGAGAAGAAGCACAUCUGGUUCGGCGAGACGAUGAGCGAUGGCUUCCAGUUCGAGUAUGGUGGUGAGGGCUCCAACCCGGCCGACGUCGCCAUCCAGCUGACCUUCCUCCGCCUGAUGUCCACCGAAGCCGCCCAGAACAUCACCUACCACUGCAAGAACAGCGUCGCCUACAUGGACCAGGACACCGGCAACCUGAAGAAGGCCCUUCUCCUCCAAGGCGCCAACGAGAUCGAGAUCAGGGCUGAAGGCAACAGCCGCUUCACCUACGGCGUCACCGAGGACGGCUGCACGAGACACACCGGCGCUUGGGGCAAGACAGUCAUCGAGUACAAGACGACGAAGACCUCUCGCCUGCCCAUCAUCGAUUUGGCUCCCAUGGACGUUGGCGCUCCAGACCAGGAAUUCGGCAUCGACAUCGGCCCCGUCUGCUUCUUGUAAACCGGACGCCCCACGCGUAACAGG